GAAGACGGGCUGCAUGGGCUAAGCGAGCCUGGCGGGAGAGGAAGUCGCACCCCUAACACAGAAGCGACACCUGCGCAUACCUAGCAAUACUCCCUCUGCAUGUGGUGCUGUCCCUCUAACCUGGCUUACUCUGAAAAGUUUGACUGCUCCUCAUGAACCAUAGGCCUAGAACAAUGCUAAAAAAGACGCAACCACACCAGCGAACAGCAUCUCUCCAAGUCACCCAAUCUAUCCCGCUGACCAAUUCUCCUUCCCUAUAAUCUUGAUAUAGAGAGAGGGAAAACCCAAGGAUGCUUUUUAGUAUGGAAUCGCUGCUACUCAGCACUCGCGGCACCAUUCCGUCUUUGAAAGCAUUUCCUUAGUCAGCUGAAGCCUCAAAGACGUUUCACUACAAAUCAAGACACGGAUAUAUCCAAAGUCUAGAGGGCAUCAACUAUGCAUCAGAAUCUCAGAUCUCUACUGUUGCUUGAGCCAUGUCGCUUCUUCACGAUACCCUUCUUAGCCUCCUCCGCGAAUCAAAGAACCCCCAGGUCCUCCACAUCGAACAACAUCUGCCUCAAUACGAAUCAUGGGAGAAGCUGCAUCUCUUGAAGCAGUUGCUGUGCAUUCGCGCCCCUUCCCCACCAUUGUCGAUUCAACUUGUUCGCGACAUUGAUGCCGUUUUAAUUCACGCACGCGACCAGCGCAUCCUGACGCUUGGUUCCUCAAUACCACCUGUAGCGACCCUACAGCGCCCUGGAAAAUCUGACAUUUCGAUCAAGCUAUGGCAGGGCGACAUUACAUGCCUAGCAAGCGACGUCACGGUCAUCACAAAUGCCGCCAACGCGCAGAUGCUGGGCUGCUUCCAACCAAGUCACAAAUGUAUAGAUAACGUUAUACAUUCCGUAGCCGGUCCACGACUGCGCCAAGAAUGCUUCGAUAUCAUGACGGCUAGAGGAAGUGAUCUCCCAGUGGGCGAGGCGCUGGUGACGGAAGGAUACUGCCUUCCCUCCCCGCAUGUUAUACAUACCGUGGGACCGCAACUCGCUCGAGGCGCUGUGCCAACGAACGAAGAGAUGCAACAGCUCAGACAAUGCUACGUGUCGGUACUCGAUCAAGCGGAAGGUCUUCCGAGCAAUGAAGAUGGGUCGAAAAGAGUAGCGCUAUGUGGCAUUUCGACUGGCCUAUUUGCUUUUCCAACAAAGAUAGCAGCGAAGAUCGCUGUUGAGACUAUCAUGGCCUGGGCUGUGCACAAUGACAACACGUCGAUAACAGAAGUUCUCUUCGUCACCUUCGCAGAGGGCGACUACGACAUCUACAACGCGCUAAUCACGCAAAUGCAUAGCAAGUGGCCAUCGAUCCUCACGAACCCAUCUCCAACUUCAAAUCACAGCCUUCCAAUCGAAGGUAAAACACUCAAAAUCGCCCGGCAAUGGCUUGAAACAGCCGACUCAAUCAUCAUAUCCGCAGGAGCAGGUCUCUCCGCCGCCGACGACUUAGACUACACAUCCCGCGCCCUCUUCGCGAAGCAUUUCCCCGCCUUCCUCAAACUCGGCCUAACAACGCUAUACAGCGCAAUCGGAUUCAACGACUGGCCCUCCGACCAAGACAAAUGGGGUUACUACUUCACAAACGUACAAGUAGUACGCUCAUGGCCCUCAUGGCCCCUCUACCAAGCACUCAUCCCCUGGCUCCAAACUUUCGGCGACAAAGCACAUGUCCGCACGUCGAAUGCAGACGGCCUCUUCCUGGCAAAUGGGUGGCCCGAGGAGAAACUCUCUACACCUCAGGGUCGCUACUCGGUGCUCCAGUGUCUAGCAACUUGUCGUCCCGACUCUACUUUCGACACACUGCCUUUCUACGAAGCCGCGUUACCGCAUCUGGACACCCAGACGCAACGCCUAACCGACCCGUCAAAAGUACCGCGAUGCCCGCAUUGUGGUGGAGAUAUGAUGAUCUGUGUCCGAGGCGGCGAUUGGUUCAAUGAGAGGCCUUUUCAAGCGGGCGAGGCGCGGUGGAAGGAUUUCAGGCAGAGGGUACGACGGAGUGGGGGAAAGACUGUUGUGCUCGAGCUGGGCGUGGGGAUGAAUACACCUGGCGUUUUGAAGUGGCCUGAUGAAGACCUCGUUCGUAAUGGAGAUGGUCAGAUAAAGCUGAUCCGGGUAGGGAUCGGUCCUUCUGUCACCAUGCCAUCUGACUUGGAAGAAAAGGGCCUAGCAAUUAGCAUCGAGGGCGAUAUCAAACUUGCCUUGCCUUGGAUAUUGCCUGAUAGUUUAGACGAGACUCUAGCACGAUAGCAUUUCUUCGCUUAAUGCAGAGACAAUAUA